ACCUCACAACUCGUUCUCACUUCCUUCCUUUCACCUCCAACAAUGGCGAAAACAAAUUCCACCAAACCCUCCCAACCUACAGAAGGGGACGUUGACACUCUCAAAUCCGACAUCGCCUCUUUCGCUUCUCAGCUUGGCUUGUCCACUUCCCAAUCCUAUUCAGGUUUCAACGAUGUUGAUUUUCGCAAAACCAAGCCAAACACUGAGAAAGCCACACCCCAAAAUACCCAGAAGCCAAAAAACGAUACCAACAGACCCCAUGAGCAUCCCAACCCCAAUUCCAAACCCAAACCCAAACCGAGACCAAGACCAAACCCCCCUGUUGUGUCAGUAGAUGAUGCCAAUAAGGACAAAGGGUUCAACAAGUUUAAGAGUCUCCCCAAGCUUCCUUUGAUGAAAGCAAGUGUUUUGGGUGUUUGGUUUGAGGAAGCGGUUGAGCUGGAAGCUAAGGUGAUUGGGGAGGGGAAGAAGGCGGAGAUAAGGAAUGUGGGAGAGUGGAAAAGCCUUGUGCAGAAGAAGAAGGAGCUUGGUCAGAGGUUGAUGGCACAGUAUGCUCAGGAUUAUGAGGCAACCAGGGGUAAGAGUAGUGAUAUUAAGAUGUUGAUUACUACACAGAGGUCAGGGACUGCUGCUGAUAAAGUAUCUGCGUUCUCUGUAUUGGUGGGGGACAACCCGAUUGCAAACUUGCGUGCUCUCGAUGCUCUUUUGGGAAUGGUGACAUCCAAGGUUGGAAAGCGCCAUGCACUGACAGGUUUUGAAGCACUUCAAGAAUUAUUUAUCGCAAGCUUAUUACCAGAUCGUAAAUUGAAGACCUUGAUACAGCGGCCGCUAAAUCACAUUACUGAAACUAAAGAUGGUUACUCCCUUCUACUUUUUUGGUAUUGGGAGGAAUGUUUGAAGCAGAGAUAUGAGCGGUUUGUUGUUGCACUUGAAGAAGCAUCCCGAGACAUGCUACCUGCUCUAAAAAGCAAGGCACUAAAGGCCAUAUAUAUGCUACUGAGUAGGAAGUCAGAGCAAGAGCGCAAACUACUUUCUGCCCUAGUUAAUAAACUUGGGGAUCCAGAUACUAAAGCAGCAUCUAAUGCUGACUAUCACUUGACCAACCUUUUGUCUGAUCACCCGAAUAUGAAGGCUGUGGUUAUUGAAGAGGUGGAUUCUUUUCUCUUUCGCCCUCAUUUAGGACCACGUUCACAGUACCAUACUGUUAACUUCUUGAGCCAAAUUCGACUCUCAAAUAAAGGAGAUGGGCCAAAAGUGGCAAAACGUCUAAUAGAUGUAUAUUUUGCUCUGUUUAAGGUUAUGAUCACUAAGGCAAGCAGCAAUGGAAAGUCUGAUAAAAGUGGUAAGCCAAAUCCAAAAGAAAAAAAAUCAAACGAGCUAUCAGAAUCACAUGCAGAAUUGGACUCACGGCUUCUAUCUGCUCUCCUAACUGGAGUGAAUAGAGCCUUUCCUUUUGUUGCAAGUAUUGAAGCUGAUGAGAUUGUUGAUGUCCAAACACCUAUACUUUUCCAAUUGGUUCAUUCAAAGAAUUUUAAUGUAGGAGUUCAAGCACUAAUGCUUCUGGAUAAAAUUUCAGCCAAGAAUCAGAUAGCCAGUGAUCGGUUUUACCGUGCGUUGUACUCCAAACUUUUGCUUCCAGCUGCCAUGAAUACAUCAAAGGCAGAAAUGUUUAUUGCCCUUCUUCUGAGAGCAAUGAAAAGGGAUAUUAAUAUAAACCGUGUGGCUGCAUUUUCUAAACGUCUAUUACAGAUUGCGCUUCAGCAGCCACCACAGUAUGCAUGUGCGUGCCUUUUCCUUCUUUCUGAGCUCCUUAAAGCCAGACCACCUCUAUGGAACAUGGUGUUGCAAAAUGAGUCUAUUGAUGAGGAACUUGAACACUUUGAGGAUGUUAUAGAAGAAACUGAUAAUGAACCUAAUACUGUAUCAAACAAACAAAUCAAUGCCCUUGAGCCUGUUCAGAAUGGUGUGGAUGCUAAUCCUGACACCGGUUAUUCAGAAAGUGAAGAUGAUCUUCCAGCAUCUUCUGAAGGUGAAGAUUCGGAUGAUGCUUCUGACGAUGCAGAUUUUUUACUUGGAGAGAGUGAAAUGAAUCAUGAGAAAUCAAAGUCCAUAUCUGGCAAUGAAGGUCAUCAAUCACAGGAAUCUACCAAGAAAUCUGUAUUGCCUGGAGGCUAUGAUCCGCGACACAGAGAGCCUUCUUAUUGCAAUGCAGACCGUGUAAGUUGGUGGGAGUUAAUGGUACUUGCUUCACAUGCACACCCUUCAGUUGCUACCAUGGCCAAAACUCUUCUUUCUGGGGCCAACAUUGUGUAUAACGGAAAUCCAUUAAAUGACCUGUCAUUGACAGCUUUCCUUGACAAAUUCAUGGAGAAGAAACCAAAACAAAGCACAUGGCAUGGUGGUUCUCAGAUUGAACCUGCCAAACAGAUGGAUAUGAACAACCAUUUGAUCGGGCCAGAGAUUCUUUCACUUGCUGAAGUAGAUGUGCCACCAGAGGAUCUUGUAUUCCACAAAUUUUAUACAAACAAAAUGAAAUCUACGAAAUCAAAGAAAAAGAAAAAGAAGUCAGCUGAUGAGGAGGACGCUGAGGAGCUGUAUGAUGUUGAUGAUGGCGAGGUUGAAGGUGGGGACGAGAGUGACAAUGAAGAGAUUGAUGAUUUGUUGGAUUCUGCUGAUCAAUCUGUGGAACCAUUCGGUGAAUAUGAUUAUGAUGAUUUCGAUCAAGUAGCUAAUGAGGACGAUGAGGACUUGAUUGGUGAUGUUAGUGAUGCAGAGAUGGAUAAGGAUAUACUCUCAGAUAUCGGAGAGGAAGACAUAGAUGCUCUUCAAAGUGGUGAUGAAGGGAGUGAUGAUGAAGUUGAAGGUAGUGAUGAUGACAAUGAUAUUCAAAUUGGGGAUGUUGAUGAUGCCUCUGAUGAGGAAGAGGAGGAUCAAGUUAGUAAAAGAAAAAGAAAACGUAAAAGUGGUGGCAAGAGUGCUGCGUCUCCAUUUGCAAGUUAUGAGGAAUUUGAGCAUCUAAUGGAUAAUGUUGACCAAAAUGAGAAAGCACCUACCCAAAAGAAACAGAAACAGAAACAAGAAAACAAAAAAAUAAUCUGGUCAAGUUAGCUGCGUUCCCCAAGAUGCAUGGUUAUCCCCCAAGAUGCAUGGUUAUUUUUCUGUCAUUACAGAGCUAUAACCGUUCUGUCAGCAGCUUCAAGAUGCCCAACUCAGCCAAUCGCCAUGUAAUUUGUAUUGUUAGUACCAAUUUUGCAUAUGGUUGUUACCAUGUACUCAUCAUUCUUAUUUCUUACCAAGUGCUUUCUUUUAUACGGACCAAUUUUGGGUAGUAGUGCUUAUUUUUAUGCCUUUUAGACUUAAUGAUUCUUAUUCUUAUGGAUUAGUUCUACAAAAUGUUAAUUGUGGGUGAUAAUGAGAAUGGGAAUAUAGUUUUGGUA